GCGGGCGGUCCCGCUGGGGCUUCGGCAUUCUCCGAGCAGCGCCGAGCUGCGUCGGGCUCAGCCGGCUGCGUCCGGAGGUGCGGGCGACGGCGCCGCUGUGCUCCUGGGGAGCUGAACGAGGCAGAAGCCACCCGGCCGGGUCGGAAGGCGCCUCACAACUCCGUCGGGGCAGGCGCGGUGUGAUUCUCAGGACUGAGACGGAGGCCGACCAGCACAGGUCCCCCGGCCGGCAGCGCUUCUCGGAGCAGUCCCCCCGGAGCCCCGGCGGUCACUGAGUGGCUUCCGCUUCCCGCCGCCUCACCUGCGCAGGCCCCGGUGCGCCAGGUGCGGAGGCGUGUGCGUCGCCUGGGCGCCUCCCCUGGCCGCCAGCGGGGCGGAGGCGGGGCCGCAGCUUGGGCCUCCCGCGGCUCGCCCGGCCGUCUCAGUCUCACCGGUCCGCCGGGCCCCGCGGCUGGGGAUGCUGCUGCCAGCUCGCGAGCCGCCCUCCACGCCUGCCCCCGCCGCCGGGGCCGCGCCUCGCUGUUUACAUGCCGGUGGAGCCCGGGCCCCCCGAGCGUGAAAGCAACCGGCCCACGGGACUGAUCGCUCAGACCCGGCCAGGGCUCCGGACUUCGAUCCUCUCCUGCCCCGCAGCCUCUGCCGCCAUCUGGACUGGAUCCAGUUCUGGUGUUUUUGAGGAGGGGAUUGUAUUGUCGGGGAAGGAAUCCUGAGGAUUUCUAGGAUCCCCCCUCUUUUUUUAUUUUUUAUUUGUCUCUCUCUCUUUUUUUUUUUUUUUUUUUUUUUUGGCCCUGCGGGCUUCAUACUCAGGGAACUCGCUCAUGGCUUUUUUGAUGAAGAAGAAGAAAUUCAAAUUCCAAACCACUUUCACUCUGGAGGAGCUGACAGCGGUCCCCUUCGUGAACGGGGUCCUCUUUUGCAAGGUCCGGCUGCUGGAUGGCGGGGAUUUUGUCAGCUUGUCCUCCAGGGAGGAGGUGCAGGAGAACUGUGUGAGGUGGCGGAAGAGGUUCACCUUUGUGUGUAAGAUGAGUGCCAACCCAGCCACAGGCCUGCUGGACCCCUGCAUCUUUCGAGUGUCUGUGCGCAAGGAGCUGAAAGGUGGAAAGGCUUAUUCCAAGCUGGGCUUCACUGACUUGAACCUGGCUGAGUUUGCAGGCUCAGGCUCCACCGUGCGCUGCUGCCUGUUGGAGGGAUAUGACACCAAGAACACCCGCCAGGACAACUCCAUCCUCAAGGUCACCAUUGGCAUGUUCCUGCUCUCUGGGGACCCUUGUUUCAAGACGCCACCAUCUACUGCCAAGUCCAUCUCCAUCCCGGGCCAAGACUCCUCUCUGCAACUGACGUGUAAAGGUGGUGGGACCAGUAGCAGUGGCAGCAAUAGCACCAAUUCCUUGACUGGGUCCCGGCCCCCCAAGCCCCGGCCUACCAUCCUGGGCUCAGGACUACCAGAGGAGCCAGACCAGAGCCUGUCCAGUCCAGAGGAGGUGUUUCACUCUGGCCACUCCCGCAACUCCAGCUAUGCCAGCCAGCAGUCCAAGCUGUCUGGCUACAGCACAGAGCACUCCCGCUCCUCCAGCCUGUCCGACUUGACCCACCGCAGAAACACGUCUACUAGCAGCAGCGCCUCUGGGGGCCUCAGCAUGACUAUAGAGGGUCCUGAGGGCAUCGAGAGGGAGCACCGGCCCCUUGAGAAGCCACCUCGGCUUCCUGAGAAGCCACCACGACCCCCACGGCCCUUGCAUCUGUCAGACCGCUCGUUUCGGCGAAAGAAGGACUCGGUGGAGAGCCACCCAACCUGGGUGGAUGAUACUCGCAUUGACGCAGAUGACAUUGUGGAGAAGAUCAUGCAGAGCCAGGACUUCACCGAUGGCAGCAAUACUGAAGACAGUAACCUUCGGCUGUUUGUGAGCCGUGAUGGCUCCACCACACUGAGUGGCAUUCAGCUGGCCAACAGAGUCUCCUCUGGAGUCUACGAGCCAGUCGUGAUUGAAAGCCAUUGAGGGACCAGGUGUCCAGCUGAAGAAGGGUCCUGCCAUCUCCGGCACCCAGGCCGGUGGCAUUCCUGGAGGAGCAGGAACCUGCCCUAUGGAUCUGCUCUGCAUUGCACCUGUGCCUCCUCUUACUCUA